CCCCAGAACCCAACCCGGAAACAUGUAUGAAAAUCAGAAACUGGUGAUCUUAAUUUCACUCGUGAUUUCCUACUUUCCCUCCAUGGGUCUGGGACAAGCAAAGCACUUUGUGCUGGUUCAUGGGUCUUGUCACGGUGCAUGGUCAUGGUAUAAGGUGGUGCCACUGCUAAAAUCAGGCGGCCACAAGGUCACCGCCAUAGACCUGGCAGGGUCAGGUGUUGAUCCACAGCAAGUGAACACUCUCAGAUCCAUCUCUGAUUACAUCAAGCCUUUGAGGGAAUUCAUGGCAUCCCUACCUGAUAAGCAAAAAGUGGUCCUUGUUGCUCACAGCUUAGGUGGUCUGGCCAUCUCCCAAGCCAUGCAAAUGUUCCCUGAAAAGAUCUCUGUAGCGGUUUUUGUCACUGCCACCAUGCCGGGACCAACACUCAAUGUUUCCAUUCUCAUCCAAAAGGCAUUGAAUGAUCAAGAUUCCCAAAUGGACAACCAUUAUACAUAUGAUGGUGGCCUUCCAACCACCUUCACUUUUGGUCCGAUGUUCCUUUGUUCUAAAGUCUACCAACUCAGUCCACCUGAGGAUUGUGUAUUGGCGAGUAUGUUGAUGAGACCGAUACGUUUGUAUAAUGAAGAAGACAUGUCAAGAGAAUUGGUACUCUCCCAAGAGAAAUACGGGUCGGUUAAUCGGGUAUUUAUAAUUUCAGAAAAAGACAUGGUCUCAAAGGAGGAUUUUGUACAGUUGAUGAUCCAGGAAAACCCGCCCCAUCUAGUACAAGUUAUCAAAGGAUCCGAUCAUAUGGUCAUGAUGUCCAAGCCUAUACAACUUUGUAAUCUACUAUUAUGCAUUGCUAAAAGAUACAAUUAA